AUGACCAUCACGGAGUUUAACAACUUCUCUAAUGUGGCGCAUGAGGCACUCAGCGAGCCGAAACCACGGUGGACCUACGUUGAAGGAAUGGACUUUGUCUUGCAAGCCUUGACUACUAUAGGUUAUGGAUACAUAACUCCUCAGACACCCUCAGGACAGAUAUUGUGCAUCUUCGUUUCUUUAAUUGGGAUUCCCAUCACAUUGCUGACGUUAAAAUCAGUCAGCGAGCUCAUUACUAAAUUGGUCAACGCAGUUGUUGCGAAGUUUGAAAAGAAAGCCCUCAAAAGAGUGGCACCGAAGCACGUUCAGAGUAAAAGCGCUGCGAUUUUGAUUUCAUUAAUGUUGGUGUUGAUGAUAGCAAGUAGUUUCUUAACGAAAUUGCUCCAAGGCUGGACACUCGUCGAAGGUGCGUAUUAUUGGUUUAUAACCUUAACCACUAUCGGAUUUGGUGAUUACGUUUUUCACCAACCACAAAAGAUCAAGCAAUUGUCCGUCAACAGCUCUGGAAAAUUCGUUAAAGAAGAUUUCGACGAAAAGGAACUCAUUUUUGCAGUUCUACAAAAGAAGUUAAUCACUUUAUAUUCCUUGAUGGGUUUAUGCAUUGUUGCAAGUGUAUUGAAUUCCAUCAUGGCCGCAAUCGAAGAACGGAAAUGUCUUCCUCGGUGUCCCCGAUGCCUCCCUCUAAAAACCCAGGACCACCCAGUCAAUAACGGGCAACACGACAUUCCAAAACAACAUGAGUCAGAUAUAGAUAUAACAUGUUUAAACAUGGAAAAGACUGGGAUGCAGAGGACAAACAUGGGCUCGCCGGCAUUAAAUGAAACUGAUUAA